AUGUUGCACAGCAUCUUACGAUCGCUGCGCGGAUCCCUUGUGGAGCUGACAAAAUGCGAACCCGUAUCAAACCAAUCGGAAAUUGCCCUGCGCAGUGGGCUUGAGAAGUCGGUGCUUUUCCUUCUGUGCUCAUCGGCGAUCAUGGGCACUUCAGCACUCAUCCUUGGCAUGAGUCAGCAGCCUGUAUACUGCGACAAGGGCCUGGCAUUUUGGAAUGGCCUCUUAGGAGCGAUCUUGGUGAUCACGGCUGUCGCGUGCUCCACCGCUUUAUUUUUUGAUACAGAAGCAAUCAACCUAAUGGCCAAGCUGAUAUGGACGAACGGCGAAUCAAGCUUCUUCGAAUUCGGAACCACUGCCUUUAACAUUUCAGCUUGCCUCGCAGGAGGUCCUCUACUGGCGCUCAUAUGGAUCAUGCGCGGGGCUAUUGAACUUACGUCUUCCCCUACAUGCCGCACCACCGCUCCCCUACUUUACGGUGGAAGUAUUGCAAAUAUUACUUUGACGAUUAGCGCGUUGACUUUCGCGUCAUUGAUGAUCAGUUACUACAUUGCAUCUUCAAAACGAUUCUAUGACAUUGCUAUUCUCUCAUGCGUUUGCGACCCGAUCUCAGUUAUGGUCGAAGGGGUUGCUGAACACCUCCCAGAACCACCAAGAAUCCGCCAUCCUGAAUUCGUACCUUCUUUCAACGGACGCGUGGCGAAGCUGCUUUCUUACGAGAGAAUAGGGGCUUUUGUAAGGCGCAUUUUGGAUGCGUUAACCCCGGAUUCUUCCCUCCCACAGAGAUUCAAUUCUUUAGUGGAGACACGGGUGUACUAA